AUGAACACUCAAAAGGUGCAGAUAAGUCAGUGUGAUAUGAAAACAGAUCUGAACUUACUGCUUGAAUGCCUUAAAUAUCAGAUGGACUGCCCUCUGUCUCAGAAAGAGGCUUUGAUCACUAUCUAUUCCAUUUGCCAGCAAAACAGUGAAGCGAGCGAAUACUUGCGAGAAAUUGGUGGUUUGAUGUUUAUAAAUGACCUUGCCAAGUCCAGUGCUCAUUGCAUCGUGAAGGAAGCAGCUUUAUUUACACUGGGGAUUAUUAUAGAGAGUAAUGUGUAUUGUCAACAGACUUUGUGUACUUCUGCACUGUUUGAAGACCUCAUUUCAUUUUUAAUUAAAAAGGAUUCUGGUGUGAACUUGAAAAGAAUGUCUGUUUAUGUCAUCUUAGCUCUGGUGUCAAAUAAUAAAAAUGGGCAAAGCUGUGUCAGAGACACAGGCUGCAUCAGCCUGCUGCUGCAGUUGUUCAGAACAACUCUCUGCACGUCUGAGAAGAAUGUGUCAGAUGAAAACUCUGAUCCCUGCUAUCAGCUCUGGUGCUCAGUGUGCAGCACUCUCUGUGCCUGUGUCAACAACCCCCAGAACGAAGAUAAUCAAAACAUUUGCUGUUCAGUUUUUCCCCAUGCCAAAGAGUGGCUGGAGAGUUGCACAGAGCCUGAGAUAGUUCGUCCCAUUUGUUCAUUUCUUGGUCUCACAGUUGCAAAUAACUCAUAUGUGCAGAAGUAUUUUGCUUCUAUUGGAGGAUUGGAUACAUUAGCCAAAGUUCUCCUUGAGCUUAUGCAUGAUUCUUGUUUGAGUCACUCCAGCAUGAAACUUGCCGUGGUAGUAGCAAAGACCCUGGAUGCCUGUAUUGCUAAUAACUCUGCCAUGGGUGUUGUCUUGGCAAAGUAUCACACUGUGUCAGAGCUGCUGAAGCUGCUGUCCAAUGAGAGACUGAGCACAGGAGAAAAAAUCAGUAUUAUUCUAACAAUUGGACACUGCACUGAAGUUUGUGAAGAGAACCAGUGUGAGCUGCUUCAGAACAAUGGUCUGCCACUUAUGAUUCAGGUAUUGACAGAAUCUCAGGACGAGGAACUCAUCAAAGCUGCUACUUUUGUGCUGCAGAACUGCAAACAAAUGACUGAACAGUUGUCUCUGAAAUUAUAUGAUAACUCACUAAAUGUGAACAAUGCAGAAGAAUUGGAUGUGCAAGUCAGAAAUAGAUGUCUGCAAGACUACUGGAAGAAAGCAAAAGAAAUUUUACACAGAAUAAACUCAAUUGAAAAACAGCACAAUGAGGAAAGAGUGCAAGGAGAAAUAUUUAUAGAUGAAUCUUCAGCAGCCAAUUCUUCAGAAGCAUUAAAAUCCCAUGAAGUGAAAUCUGUUGAUCCAAAGAAGUACACAGAAGGAACACAGAAACUCGUCUGUUGUCCACAGUUGACCUCAAAGUUGAAUAAUCAGGUUCUUGCUCCAUCUCUAACUUCUGCUCCACAAAAAACUGAAACAGUGAACACUAUGGAUGCAGCUUCUUCCAGGCAAACUGAACAGAGGAACAUUCCAUGUUCAGUCACUGAGCUGCAAACAUACAGUGUGCCUCAAAGUCACAAUUUAAAUGGGAAAACUGCUUGUGGAAAAAGUCGGUCUAGUCUUCAGGCAGGUGAACAGUUAUUUAAACAACCAGCAGAGACUGUUAAAAAUAUGAAACAGACAUGCACAUCAGGUCAACAUUCAUUCUGCUCAGAGAAAACUGAGAGAGUCAAAAGUACUUCAGCUGUAUCUUCAUCCCAUAAAAUUGCAGAUUUAAGGUGUUUGGGUUGUACAGCAGGAGGACUGUCCUUGAACAGCAAAACCUUCACCAGGAUGUUGCAGAGAUGCCUGCAUAGGUGUGAGCACCACAGAGUUAUCCUGGAGGCUGAAGAAAGAUAUCGAGGGCAGCUCCGCAGGGUGGCUGCUGGUAACAGCAACAGAUCUGCAACUCACCAGAAAAUGCCGCUGGCCUCAGUAGAGAAAGACAGGCUGCAUAAAGAAAUACCAACUUUUAGGAACAAGAAGGAUCAUUUCCAAAGCAUUCUUUUGACUCCAAAUAGAAAAGACAAAUCUAAUACUUCAAAGAGAGAUGAACAUAGUAGGAAUACUACUAGGUGGACUAGCAACUAUAACUUGACACCUGCUUAUGAAAACUCUUUACAAAAAUCCCAGGAUGCUAACCAGAAGAGACAGAGAGUCAAAGAGAUGUGCAGCCAGAAAUGUCAGCAUUUAAAAGAAAAUUGCACACAUUCACUUGACAAAGAUGAGGGCAAUGAAAUGUAUUCCCUGGCCAUGAGCACGAGACCUUUGAACAAGAGAAGAGUCCGAAAAGAUUUCACAACUGAAGAAAUCAACUGCCUUUUGAAAGGCGUCCAGAAGAUGGGCAACCACUGGAAUUUGAUUUUGUGGUCUUACCCUUUCCAGAAAGGCCGGACAAGCGUUGACCUUUCCAAGAAAUACUACAGGUUACAGGUGCAGGUACUCAGCACUGAAUUUUCUACUGAUGGCAAAUGCUUCCAGUUAUCAGGAAAUUGGUCUCCUCUCUGCCCAGCCUCUGUUGUGAUGCUGGUCUAUGAGAGCCUCUGCAGCAGCUUCCCAGUGAUAAAUCCAUGCAUCCCUCACACAGGGAGCAUUGCUCCUGUGCUUUGGAGACCAUGGGAGCAAUUAAGUGACAAGCCUUUGUCUAUGGAUAGCUGGUCUGUAAUUGUGCAGUGGUUUGGGGCAAGAUUUAUCUUGAUAUUUUCUCUUUUAUCUCCAUUCUAUAGAUGAAAAAAGCCCACAAAGGACAUCAGUAACAUCAUCUGUGAGUGCUUUGUUGCAGAAUGUUCAAGAACAGCCUUUGUAACAGUGAGGUAUUACCAGAACAGCUCAGGCCCUUGGAGAAUUUAGGUUGGCUUGGACUCCUGUUUUUCAGUGACAACUGACAGAAUUGUUAUGCAUUGUAGUUUUAAUUUACCAUAACUUGGCAGUUUACUUAAGUAAUGCUAUCAUAGACAACAAAAUCUCUAUUGGUAAAAAUUACAUUAAUUUGGAACUUAAGCUUCUUGAGUAUUUGAUUGUGCAAUUUUUGAGUUAACUUUUUGUCGCUUGCUCUAUGCUAUUUGUAAGAAAAGGAUAUAUUGCUGAAAUGAAUACUUUAUGUCUGGAAGUGCUGUUAAUGUUGCUGUGUCUGAAUCUGUUUCCUCUUAAUUAGUAAAAUGUUUAAAGCAGGUGGAAUAUUUUGUCACGUGUUGAAUAUGCUGCAUGUGCAGAAAAAGGUCUCUGACAGAAAACACUGAAUUUGUGGUUAAACACUGCUGCACAGAGGAGGCAAAUCUUUCACUGCUGCAGAAAUUCUGUACUCACUGUUGGACUGAGCAGGUACUGGUAGAAUUUGGUUUCUGUUUAUAAUUGGACUGUUUUCUGGUGUAUUUUUCAAAUAAGUGAGCAGAACCAGAAUUUCUGCUAAUUACACAUUUUUUAUAGGAAGCUUUACUGAAAGCCUUGGUAACUCGCUUUUUCAGUGAUAGCCUUAGUAUUUCAGUUGUAUUUUUUACUUGUUCUGAUAAAGGAAGGAUAAAUCAAUAGUUAUUUUAUUAUGGAAAAUGUUUAGUUAUUGUAUUAGCACUAGGUUUUCACUAUGAUGUGGCUUAAAUGCUUGAAAACAGGCAAGGUAACCAAAACCUGAGAGACUUGCAAUAAAGAUGAUGCCAAUGAUGCAGUAAAUAUGCCUUCCAGUCUUUUCAGCUGUUGUAAUUUGGGGGUUUCAUUAUUAAAAUAUUGCAACACCUAUAAAAGAUGUCUCUGAGUGGAGCUGUUGCCAGUAGCAGGGUUGAGUAUCAGUGGAACUGUUGGCAGAGUGGGAGCCAGAAGGGCUCCUGAGGUGGAGUGUCCCCAAGGAGGACGCUGAGGUCCCUCACACACUCCAGGUGUUUUCCCUGGGACACCAGCCUAGUCCAGACAAUCUGUGACUUCAUCCUUUCACUGAAUGUCUAUCAGUAUCCACAUUGUCAACAUCUGAAAUAUGUCUCAAGUGGCUAAAAUGUGCAAGGUGUGAAUCUUUACUUGCCACAAGGUGAGAAUGUUGCAAUACUGACCAUUUACCUCACCUUAGGUAAAGUUCAGGUUGGAAAGGCCCUGUGGAGCCUUUGGUCUCCUCUCUUUGGAGCAGGACUAAGGUCAAAGUUAUUAUUAAAGUUGUUCAGUGCUUUGUGAAGUUCUGAGGCUUUUCAAGGAAGGAAUUCCUGCUGCCUUUUUGGGCAGCCUCUGCUCGUGUUUCAGCUCCUCUCAGAAGGCAGGGGCUGGAGCCACAUCACUGGAACAUUCUGGUGGGAUCUGAAAGGGAAGUCAUGGACCAGGAACAGGCAACACCUGAGGUGUGAAUUUGUGCAAGUCAGUCUUUUGCUCUCCUUUGGACUGACUGCACAGUUUUGAUCAGUUUAAUUUUCCUGCACAAGUGCUUUGAAAUCCACAUGUAACAGGCACCACAAAACCAAAAUUGCAUGAGAAUAGUUGAUGUCACUUUUAGGCCGGUUGGGCCACCCAGGGCAGUAUUCCAGCACUUUGAAAAGCUAGAAUUACUGACAAACCAUCGAGGAAAGUCCAUUUGUGAAAACCCUGACAUGCUCUCCUGGUUCUGUUGGUCAAACAGAGGGUGUUAGGGGUGUGAGGAUGGGGUGGUAAUGACAGCUUGAUCAAUCAGCAACAAUUUACACGGUGUGCUCAUCCAGAUCUGCCCCGGCACUGCGGCUGCACUGGCGGGGGCGCGGCAGG